CGGGCGGGAGCGGUGGGGAGGCCAUGGUGGACGCGUGCGUCAAGUUCGUGUCGCAGAAGAUCAGUAAGGCGCGCUGGCGGCCCCUGCCCCCCGCCGCCAUCCAGCCCCCAGACCUCUUCGCCACUGGCUCCUGGGACAACGAGGAUAACAGGAUCUCCAUUUGGUCUGCUGGAGAUGUUGGAGAUGGGGGCCUCAACAGUGAAUGUCAUGGAGAACAUCAGCUGCUGUGUGACAUCAGGCACGAUGGUGAUGUUAUGGACAUGCAGUUUUUGGAUCAAGAGAGAAUUGUGGUUGCCUCAUCAACAGGAACUGUAACUGUGUUCCGUCAUCAUCAAAAUAACCAGACUUUAUCUGCCAGCCUGCGGUGGGAGAAGGCCCAUUAUCAUGUGGACCAAGACACAUCUUGUGGUGGAGCAGCAUGUACUGGGGUCAUCUGCAACAAGCCAGAUAUUGUCACUGUUGGAGAAGAUGGUAGAAUAAAUCUCUUCAAAGCUGACCAAAAGGAUGCAGUAAGAACAAUAGACAAUGCAGACAGCAGUACGCUUCAUGCAGUGACUUUCCUUCGCACAACUGAGAUCUUGACAGUAAAUUCAAUUGGACAAUUAAAAAUAUGGGACCUCAGACAGCAAAGAAAUGAGCCAUCUCAAAUAUUUUCUUUGACAGGUGACCGAGUUCCACUCCACUGUGUGGACAGGCAUCCCAAUCAACAGCAUAUUGUGGCCACGGGGGGCCAGGAUGGGGUGCUGAGUAUAUGGGACAUUAGGCAAGGUACCAUGCCGGUGUCCCUGCUAAAUGCUCAUGAAGCAGAAAUGUGGGAAGUUCACUUCCAUCCCUCCAACCCUGAUCACUUAUUUACAUGUUCUGAAGAUGGAUCUCUUUGGCACUGGGAUGCUUCCACAGACAUAUCUGAAAAGCCAUCUUUUCUUCAUCAAGGAGGAAGAAGUACUACCUAUUUUUCCCACAGUACUGUUAACCAGUCUGUAGUAAGUGCCUGGCUAAACAACGAUCCUGCCAAAGACCGCAUAGAAAUCACCAACUUAAUUCCAUACCAGACUUUGUCUGUGAAUAGUUUAGAUGUUUUAGGACCAUGCCUGCUAUAUGGUACUGAUGCAGAGUCUAUUCAUGUGAACAAGAAACUCUUUGCAUGAAACUACUCCAGUAUCCCUUUGAAGUACCAAUCGCUUUGAACUACUGGGAAAUGUCAGGUUCAUUCUUAAUAAUACUCUUUAGUCUGUUAUCUGUGUGUUGAGGAGAGUCCUACAGCUUGGUUCUGGUACUGCAGAAGAAAUGUAAGGUACCUCAGAUUCUGAAAGCUGUUGCUCAUUGUUGGUGCUCCAGGAUGGGUAACUCAUUUCUUCCCUAAUGCCUGUUUGGUUUUGGUAAGCAGGAAGGUAGUUGCUAGGGCAAGAUAUUUGCUGUAAACUGAUGUGUGUAAUACACACGCACAUACCAAGUGAAGAAAAGGUAAAUCCAUGAUUUUUUUUCUGUAAAGAUAUUUUUCAAGUAUUAAUUCUAAGAACAAACUAUGGGAUUCUUUGAAAUUCUUUUUAUGUCACCUGAGAGAGAUGGGGUUUUUUUUAAUCUGAGUUUUUUAUACAUUUAGAGAAUAUAACCUUUUGUGUUAUGAGAAUUGGACAGGAAAAACUGUUAAAAGUUGUGAAAUGUGAAAGAUUCUAUAAGGAUCUUAGCAUUUUAAUAACAUUACUUUGGAUUAUUUAAAGCUUCAUCAUGGAUGCAUCAUGUUAGAACUUGAUAAUGUGCUGGUAACUUGCAACAUAUAGCUACAGCUUUAUAUAUGCAUAUAAAGUUAUAACUAUAUAGUUAACAAGUUGUAACUGACAGGUGUGUUGGCUGUGUUUUCAGGUGUGAGAAUAAGACUUUCUAAACUUGAGACGUAGUCUUUGUCACAAAUAAAAUUCCACAUCUAAUCUAUUGCAAAUUUUGAAAUGUUAAAUGUUAUGACUGUACCUACCUCUUGUUGCAGAGGACCCUUUCUCUUUUUAAUAAAAAGUUUUACACAAGAAUACUGGUUUGACUUACUGAAUUGGUUGGAACAAAUGUACAUGUCAUCUUUGUAGGAAGAUAAUAACUGUAAGUUGUUUGGAUGGAUCCUGGGUAUACCAUCUGAAGAUAGAGGGCAACCUCAGGAUUUGGCAACAGGUUAAAUAAGAUUUUUGCAUGCAUUUUCCCUCAAAACCGUUUUGAAGCAUACUUUAUUUCCAUGUCAG